GAAAGUUGCUAAAUUCGUCCCUCGCUGAUAGCUGGCAGUGAGGGCCCGUAGAGUGGACGCCAUAUUGCACGGAGCCCGCGAGCCUACCACAAGCAAUAUCAAGAUGACGGCUGCCGUGAGCGUGGUCAUGAUCGGUUCCCUUCUCUCCCUCGCCCUCCUUCCCUUCAGUGCCUGCUACGUGUCCUCCGCCGCCGGAGGGGCCCCGGUGGACUUCUCCGAUGCCUUCCUGCGCGAGAUGGUGGCCAAGAUGGGCAGCGGCAUGGCAGACCCCGCGAAGGACUAUCUGGAGCUGCCCUCGCCCAGCCUGAGUCGUUCCCUGACGGAGGGCAUCUCACCACGCACCCUCAAGGACAUGCCUGAUAUGGGCCUCCCUCUCGACUACGACGCCCUUGCCCACAGCCCCUCCAUCCGGGACCAGGAGUACCUCUCACACUCCUCCCUGCUGGGCACCAUCCUCGGAAACUACGAGGAGAAGCUGAAGCAACGACCCGGCCAGAGUGGAGGCAAGAGCAGCAGCGGAAGCACCAGCAGCAGCAGCACCUCCAGCAGCAGCACCUCCAGCAGCAGCAGUGACGGAGUGCUGCCCGCCUACUGUAACCCACCCAACCCCUGUCCCCUCGGCUACACUGCUGAGGACGGGUGCCUGGAGGAAUUCGAGAACACUGCAGCCUUCUCCCGCGACUACCAGGCGGUGCAGGACUGUAUGUGUGACACGGAGCACAUGUUCGAGUGCGCCGACUCCACCCAAGACUCCGAGAUCACCGCCUUGGCCCGCUCCAUCCAGAACGAGGGCGUGCUGGACUCAACCCUGGACAACAUCAUGAGUGAGAUGCAGACUGACGAGCACCAUCGCCUCGUGGCCAAGAAGUUCCACCAGAAAAAGAGCUCCAACCCGUACCUGCAGGGCGAGAAGUUGCCCGUGGCCGCCAAGAAGGGCGGCGUGCUGUAGGCGGCGCGGCCCGCCCACCACGUCACAGACUUGACCGAGUCACACACGACGACACAGAACACAGCCCUGCUCUGCUGCAGUGACGCUCCCGCCCACACCCUGCCCAGGGGUGCCCCGCCCCCCGCCACCCCGCCCGCCCCACCACGCCCCAGCCCCGCCCCGGCCGUGCACACCCGCCCUGCACGCCGGGGACACGUGCUGGGCGUCGCGGGGCGCGGCAGAACCUUUCUCAAGUCUUUCUCUCACGCCAGAUGACGAGACACUUGACGCGGGGCGGACGCCACGCUGCCUGGUACACGAGACACGCGUUGGACACCGCAGCGCGGCGCGGCGGCACCCGUGCAGGCGUGGGUGUGGGCCGCGGGCGUCGCUGAGGGCAGCGGGACCGCGGCGUCUGUCACGCCGAAUCCCGGAUUCAAUAACAGAACAAAAUACUAAAAAAAAAAAUAACACGUUAAAGUAAAAAGAAAAAAAAAAAGAAUGCCGUCAAGCAUAAUUUCAUCACCGCCAAGUCGGGGACGAAGCGGCCAGCCGCCACCCAGCCGGCGAGGCGCUCCCCCCCCCAACCCCCCGCACCCAUAUGACCUCCAGUCGUUGGUCACGCCGCCCCCCGUGCGUGACCCCGCAUCCCCUCCUCGCCGCCCCGCACACUGGCUGCACCUAACCACCGUAAGGCGCCGGCGGGGACACGACCAAAAAAUUUUGCUAGAUGAAGAUAUAACGUAAUGACUGUCUACACUAACUGUUCCUUCCCCUCUCUCUCUCUCUCUCUCUCUCUCUCUCUCUCUCUCUCUCUCUCUCUCUCUCUCUCUCUCUAUCUCUCUAUCUAUCUACCUAUCUCUCUAUCUAUCUAUCUAUCCCAGUCUCCCUCCCCCGUCAGCAUUACCCGUAGUCUCCGACCCUAGCGAGCAGCCGCGUACUGAUAGUGAACCUUAGACACCCAGCACUGGCGGCCGCCUGGCGAGUCUGCCCAGCAACUCUCAUACACACACACACACACACACACACACACACACACACACACACACACACACAAACACACAGAAAUACA